CGUCUGCUGUUGUGUUGAUCAACAUCUCGCGACACACUGAUGAUGUUGCAGACGCGUGCCAACAACUUUGACUGCUAGUUGAUUAUUUCCUACGGCCCCUUCCCUCUAGAAACGCGCGCUUUUUCUAGUGCACCAUGGUUGACGAAUCGACAAGGAAGACACUGAGCUGCAUUCCAUUAUUAAAGACCAAGGCAGGCCCUCGGGAGAAAGAACUAUGGGUCCAGAGGUUGAAGGAAGAGUACCAAGCCCUAAUUCAGUAUGUGCAGAACAAUAAGAGUGCAGACAAUGACUGGUUCAGGCUGGAAUCAAAUGAACAGGGAACGAGAUGGUUCGGAAAGUGCUGGUACAUUCACAACCUCCUCAAAUAUGAAUUUGAUGUUGAAUUCGAUAUACCAGUCACAUAUCCUGCUACAGCACCUGAAAUAGCUUUACCAGAGUUAGACGGCAAAACUGCUAAAAUGUACCGUGGAGGCAAAAUAUGUCUAACAGAUCACUUCAAGCCCUUGUGGGCACGGAAUGCUCCAAAGUUCGGAAUAGCUCAUGCAAUGGCCCUUGGACUUGGACCAUGGUUGGCUGUUGAAAUUCCUGACUUGAUAGAAAAAGGAGUAAUCAAGUAUAAAGAAAAGUCUGAGGGAUGAGAGGACUUAAAUGCCAUUAUGGAUCAAAAUCAAAUGAACAUUUUUCUUCUGUUGCUUGUGAAAAGUUCUGAGCCAUAAUCAAAUUCUUGAUGUACCCCAGUAUUUUUGAAAUCUUGCUGGACAAGGACUAAAUAAGCAGAGCUUUU